AUGAUGGAGCAGCAAAGCGUCCCCGAGCAGGCGGCUGCUGGGAAAAGCCAUGGAGGCUUGGGAGGGAGCUUCAAGGUCUCCGUCUAUGAGCUGGAGAACUUUCAGGGAAAGAAGUGCGACUUCUCUGCGGAGUGCCCCAACCUCACUGAGAGUCUGCUGGAGAAGGUGGGCUCCAUCCAGGUGGAAUCUGGCCCAUGGUUGGCAUUUGAGCGCUGCGCCUUCCGGGGAGAGCAGUUCGUCCUAGAAAAGGGGGAUUACCCCAGGUGGGACGCCUGGUCCAACAGCCAUCACAGCGACAGUCUCCUCUCCCUUAGGCCCCUGCACAUCGACAGCCCAGAGCACAAAAUCCACCUAUUUGAGAAUCCAGGGUAUGGCGGCCGCAAGAUGGAGAUCGUGGAUGACGAUGUGCCCAGUCUCUGGGCCCAUGGCUUCCAGGACCGAGUGGCCAGCAUCAGAGUUAUCAAUGGAACCUGGGUCGGGUAUGAACAGGCCAACUGCAAAGGAGAGCAGUUUGUGUUUGAGAAAGGUGAGUAUCCUCGAUGGGACUCUUGGACCAACAGCCGCCGGACCGAUGCACUCAGCUCCCUGAGACCCAUCAAAGUGGACGGCGGCGGGGUGGGGGAAAUGCAGCAGGAGGGGUGGACCGACGGCAGUCUCGGGCGCUGCAGCAUCAGCACCAGCAUCCGCAGCGACUUCACGACAGCAACAUCAGCACCAGCAGCACCGGACUUGGGGCGGGCGGGGCGCACGCCCUGUGACCGUUAG